CCCAACGCAAUUUUACCGGGAAAACGCGGAUGUUGCUCAUGUCCGGUGGAAACUGACAUCCAACACUGUGAAGUGGCGGGAGAUUUAUCUAGUGCAUAUGGAGAAAUAGAGCUCGAGCUGGAAUAAAAGGCUUCUUCAGAAUGGACUUUAAAAGACGCAAUGGAGGCCCUUCAAUGGGCGGGGCUUCGCAGCCCAAGAAGGGGAAAAUUAGCACAGAAUGGGAGGAUAGUCCCUCCCAGUUUGAAGAGGAACUUGCUCUAUUUGAUGAAAUGGAUAUGGAGGUGGAGUCAGGGGAGGGCCAAGCCGGCCAUGAUGUCAUUCCAGUGGGUGAGUUAUUCUCUGCUGAUCUUAAUCCACGUUGGAAACGACCUCAUGCACCGCCUCUUCAACCAAAGUCAGACACACUCAUUUUUCAGCAGAUAGACCUGGAUUAUUACCUGGGACCUGCGGUAGCAGGUAUGCCUGGACAGGUACAGGGCAAAGUACCCAUUGUACGCAUGUUUGGUGUGACGGACAGUGGAAAUAGCGUGUGCUGCCACAUUCAUGGAUUUGCCCCGUAUUUCUAUGUUCCUGCCCCCAACGGGUUUACAAAUGCACACUUGGCUGAGUUUCAGAGAGAGCUGAAUUCUGCUGUAUUGAAGGACAUGCGCUCCAAUAAAGACAACAUAGCGGUCACUGUGCUGGCAUUGGACAUUACCAGGAAAGAAAGUAUGUAUCAUUACCAUGGAAACCAAGCUCAUGACUUUCUGCGCAUUACCAUGGCGAUGCCACGUCUGGUUGCCCCAGCGAAGCGUAUCCUGGAACAGGGCUUUAAAUUUGCCAAUUUCGCCACCCAGAGCUACCAGGCUUUUGAAGCCAACAUCGACUUUGAGAUCAGGUUCAUGGUGGACUGUGAUGUUGUUGGUUGCUGCUGGAUUGAGCUUCCAAAAGGGAAGUACAGGGUGAGGGAAGAGAGAAGGGAAGGACAGACCGAUUCAAAAUAUCCAGGAAAGGUUUCCCUGUGUCAGUAUGAGGUGGAUGUUGCAUGGAAUGAUCUGAUCAGUCAUCCAGCUGAAGGAGAAUGGCAGAGGAUCGCUCCACUCAGAGUCCUGAGCUUUGAUAUUGAGUGUGCUGGCAGAAAAGGUGUGUUUCCAGAGCCGGAGAUCGACCCUGUGAUUCAGAUCGCCUCUAUGGUGCAGCGUCAGGGAGAGAAGGAGCCGUUUAUCCGGACAGUCUUCACCUUACAGAGCUGUGCCAGUAUAGUGGGCUCCCAGAUUCUCUGCUUUACUCAGGAGAGGCAGCUACUGCAGAGUUGGGGUGAGUUUAUGAGGACAGUGGAUCCUGACAUCAUCACUGGCUACAAUAUCCAGAACUUUGACCUUCCGUACCUCCUCAACAGGGCUGCCACCUUAAAGGUGAAUAUGUUCCCAUAUCUGGGUCGUGUGUGGGGCAUCAAAUCAGUUCUGAAAGACUCCAGCUUCCAGAGCAAACAGAUGGGUCGCAGAGAGAACAAAACUGUGAAUAUGGAAGGACGUGUGCAGUUUGACCUAUUACAGGUGUUGCUGAGAGAUUAUAAACUGCGCUCUUACACACUAAACGCUGUCAGUUUCCAUUUCCUGCAAGAGCAGAAGGAGGAUGUACAGCAUUCUAUCAUCACAGAUCUACAGAAUGGGAAUGAACAGACCCGCAGGCGUUUGGCUGUAUACUGUCUGAAGGAUGCGUAUCUGCCGCUGCGCUUGCUGCAGAAGUUGAUGUGCGUCAUUAAUUACAUGGAAAUGGCCAGAGUAACUGGAGUGCCCCUGACUUACCUGCUCUCUCGCGGACAGCAGAUUAAAGUGGUUUCACAGCUCCUGAGACAGGCUAUGAAGCAGGACCUGGUGAUGCCAGUGGUGAGGGCAGAGGGAGGGGAGGACUAUACUGGAGCCACUGUCAUAGAACCAGAGAAAGGGUAUUACAGUGUUCCUAUAGCAACUCUGGAUUUCUCCUCACUGUAUCCCUCCAUCAUGAUGGCUCACAAUUUAUGUUACACUACUCUCCUGCAGAAGGGCCAGGUGGACAAACUGGGUCUGGCUCCAGAGGAUUUCAUCAAGACCCCCACUGGUGAUCUGUUUGUGAAGAGCUCUGUGAGGAAGGGCCUUCUCCCGGAGAUCCUGGAAAACCUGCUGGGCGCCAGGAAAAGGGCGAAGGCAGAGCUGAAGAAAGAGACGGACCCCUUUAAAAAACAGGUUCUGGAUGGAAGGCAGUUGGCUUUGAAGAUCAGUGCGAACUCAGUGUACGGGUUCACUGGGGCUCAGGUGGGCAAACUGCCCUGUUUGGAAAUCUCACAGAGCGUCACAGGCUUUGGUAGGCAGAUGAUUGAACAGACCAAACAGCUUGUGGAAUCAAGAUACACAAUCUCUAAUGGUUACCAGGCAGAUGCAAAGGUUGUCUACGGAGACACAGACUCUGUGAUGGUGAAACUAGGUGUGGCCACAGUGCAGGAAGCAAUGAAUCUGGGAAAGGAGGCAGCUGAAUGGGUCUCCUCCCACUUCGUUCCACCAAUCAAAUUAGAGUUUGAAAAGGUUUAUUACCCAUAUCUGUUGAUCAAUAAAAAGAGGUAUGCCGGGCUGUAUUUCUCUUCUGAUGCUGAACAUCAUGAUAAGAUGGAUUGCAAAGGAAUAGAGACUGUCAGACGAGACAACUGCCCUCUAGUGGCCAACCUUAUCAAUACAUGCCUCCAAAACAUCCUCAUUGAUAGAGACCCUGAUGGAGCAGUAGCCCAUGCUAAAGAAGUGAUCUCUGACCUUCUGUGUAACCGCAUUGACAUAAGUCAGCUGGUCAUAACUAAAGAGCUGACACGUACCGCACAGGAGUAUGCCGGCAAACAGGCCCACGUCGAACUAGCUGAGAGGAUGCGGAAGCGUGACGCCGGUAGCGCUCCAAACCUCGGAGAUCGAGUUCCGUACGUCAUCAUCAAAGCAACAAAGGGAGUGGCGGCAUAUAUGAAAUCAGAGGACCCCAUCUAUGUGCUGGAGAACAACAUCCCUAUAGACACGCAGUACUACCUGGAGCAACAGCUUUCCAAGCCUUUACUGCGCAUCUUUGAGCCCAUACUGGGAGAGAGCAAAGCGGAGAGCGUGUUACUGAAGGGAGAUCACACACGCUGUAAGACGGUCUUGACAUCCAGGGUCGGUGGUCUCAUGGCUUUCGCUCAGAAACGAAGCACUUGCAUUGGCUGCAGAGCUGUGCUCAAAACUGAUGCGGCCGUAUGCGACUUCUGCAAAAAGAGAGAGUCUGAGCUUUAUCAGAAAGAGAUUGCUCAUCUGUCAUCACUAGAGGAGAAAUUCUCUCGCCUGUGGACUCAGUGUCAACGCUGUCAAGGUUCUCUCCAUGAAGACGUGCUUUGUACCAGUCGAGACUGCCCCAUUUUUUACAUGAGAAAGAAAGUCCAGAAAGAUUUAGACGAUCAGGAGAAGCUCGUUUCCCGUUUUGGCUGGUGAUGGACAGGAAUUUUUUCUUGUUGUCUUCAGCCUUCUCAACAUUCAUUCAUCCUCUUACCUCAGUGAAGGAGUCUGUCACUCCAGAUUGUAAAGAAUCUAAAUUUUUUUAGUGGUUGAAUAAAGUGCAUUUUUGUAAAA